CUAGUUGGGUAAAAACUCCGAGAUAGAUACCCAGAACAAGACAAAAAGGAGCCGCCUCUUCCUCCUCCGCCAUGGGCGACUCCUCCUCCUCUUCGGCGAUGGCGGCGGCGGCGAGGAGGUGGCUCGAGGCGAUCGACGCGAAGAGCGCCGACCCCGCCGUCGCCACCGACGCCGCGUGGCGCGGCGGAUUCUUCGACGCGCUCGCCCUCUCCGGCAUCCGCGUCAGCCUCGCCGAGCGCGGCCGCGCCUCGUGCUCCUUCCGCGUCCCCGCACACCUCACCGAUGGCGAGGGGAGGUGGCAACCGGGGCCGAUGGCGACCGCGAUGGACGACGUGGGCGCGGCGGCGAUCAUGUCGGAGGAGGGCAUCAUCAAGGUCUCCGUCGCCUUCGACAUCUCCUUCUUCAACCCCGCCAUGUUCAAUGAAGAGGUGGAGUUCGAUGCACGAGUGGUAGAUCGGAAGGGGAUGCUGACAGCAGUGGUGGUGGAAAUCAGAAAGAAGGGUGACGGCCGGCUGGUCGCUGUCGGCCGACAGUGGAUGUCCUCCACCCGGCCUUUAAAAAGUAAGUUAUGAAUAUAUACAUCUUAAUACGGAGACAAAUGGAUAAUUCUUGUACUAUCCCAAUCUUAAAAUAUGUCUAUGUACUUUUCACUUAUAACAAAAAAAAAUCAAAAUAAUUGUUUAUCUCUUGCUUAUUUUACUGCGUUUCAAAUAUGGUUAAGUAGUCCAUUAUACAACAUAAUUUUGAUAUUUUUAGUAGUCCAGAGUAAAGUACAAUGUAUAUAAAAAUUCCUUAAGUAGUACAAGAAUCAACUUGCAAUAUUGGACUAGUACAUGAUUGUUCAUACAUUUUACUUAAUAACUUAUUACUAUAUAAGUCGUACUGCUGCCGCCAAUACUACUAGAUUAUAUUGUUUUUGUCCUUUCUUUUGUAAGAUAACUAUUCUUAGUUGAGGCUUUCUCUUCUCCAUCUGGUGGAGGGAAUUGGAGACAGGUUAACAAUUCCUGUGUUUACUAUCUUGUGUAAAUUUUUAGAUAUAUAAAGUGAGAAAAUUGUGAUGUUUUUACGAGUAUCAAA